UCAUCACCACCUCGACAUCAACCAGCUUGACCCGGAACCCUCUCCAGGAACAACACACGCCAACAUGCAUCUACGAGGGAUCGGGUUGCUUACUCUUGGGACGGGGGUUGUCAAUGCAUUUGUUGACACCUCGCCCUUUAUCCUCGCAUCGACAUCUGAGCUUUUAGGCUCGUCUGCCCAGCUUAAGACUGCUUCGUCUCUGUCGGAUGAAAUUGCAUCCGCGCUCAGCACCUGCCCUUCUGACUACUACGUUAUGGCCUCCCAGCCUGGUGUUCAUGUCUCCGACUUCUCCAAGCCGAAGUCCGCACCCCGGUUAUACGAGAAGCUGUCCGGUAAGGAUAAGGCGAUCAAGUCAAGCUUCAGUGUGAGCGAAGUAUCUGGCGAGCUGGAUGCCAAGUACAUCCAGGAGCUACUAGAGAAGAAGUGCGGUGCUCAGACGACGCACAUCGACGCUUCCACUGGCUCUUACCCGUCAAGCUUUGAAAAAGGUCCUCGUGUGAUUAGUGUCGACUUCCCAGUGCUUCCGUCGGCAGCCACCGACAGACGGCACCAGCUCCAACAUAACGAUGGCUUCCUCGCCGAUAUCGUUGACCGCAUUUCGUCGAAGAAGUACACCGUUAUUUACGUCACCUCACCUCGCGAGUUGAUUGAUGGUGAACAGCCGGAGUCCUUCAUGUAUCACCCCGAUGUUGACAGCCAAGAACCGGUCCACAUGGAUCUGAAACGCGACUAUGCCUCGAACGCCCGCCGGGAGGGCAGCGGCAGUCAAUCAGUCUUCGAAGAGUACCAAUUCCUCACUCCAGGCAUCUACAUGGGCCUCAUCGCCGGUUUCGCCUUUCUGGCUAUCCUGUAUGUCGGCUUUAGCGCCCUGACGAGUCUUCAAGUCCCGUAUGCCGCAUUCGAGAAGGACACUGCGCCCAACUCGCAGAAAAAGCAGCAGUAGCAACAUUCGUGUUGUUUGUCUAGUUGUAACGUCUCCGUUUCUGUAUUCUAGCAGUGUCUAUCUUGCUCUGUUUCCCAGGGGAGUUUUGCCAUCUAUCACUAUUUAUAUAUCCGUCAU